AUGUCAAAGAAAUAUCAAAAGGAUAUAGAGAAGCAGUUAUUGGAUGUCGUCAACAGUAGGGGUAACGACAACAGAUGCGGUGAAUGUGGCGCAGAGUACCCAACAUGGGCAUCAUACAAUUUAGGAAUAUUUCUUUGUGGAAGAUGUGCUUCGGUUCACAGACGUGUUCUCGGCCCUCCUCAUUAUAAAAUAUCAAAAGUUAAAUCUUUAACCUUGGAUAAGUGGUCACAACAACAAGUGGACAAUUUGCGUAGAGUGGGAAAUGCUCGAGCCAAGAAAAGAUGGAACCCCAAGAGAAUUCCUUUCCCCUUUGAUGGUGAUGAUGACAUUGCCGCAGUUGAACAAUAUAUAAGAGACAAAUAUAUCUUGGGCAAAUUUCGUGAUGACGAUGUGGACCCGUCUGAGUUUGACGAUGACAGAAUGAGCAAAUAUAGCAACGAUGACAGUCACUCUCGACGCUCGGCAAGACUGAGGUCAAACAGUACUAGAAGUAUACAACAGUUACCCAAGUUGACACAUCGAAAAUUGACAACAUAUGAAUAUAGUCAAUAUCAAGCUCAACAAAAUCAAAUGCGCACCUUUGGGUACCAAGAUAGAGACGCAGCAUUGGAAAGUUUAUUGUUAGCUAAUGGGGACGUUGAGUUGGCUAUAGAUAUUUACAAACAAGAUGCUAAAAUCAAUCCGGGAAAAGAAGAAAUAGCCCCGGGAUUACCAAGUAGACCACGUCCAUCUACCACUCAAGCACAGUCAACGACAUCAACGGGUGCUGUGUCGUCUACUUCAGAUUGGUGGAGUAAUCCUGGGUCUACAGCUGGAUCAACAACAGUGUCAUCAAUGCCAACAGGGAUACAAGCAGCAACUCCCCAAAUUUACCAAUAUACCGAUCCAGUAACUGGUCAAGUGUCUUACGUCGAUUCAAAUGGUCAAGAAUACUUGGAUCCAAAUAACCCACAACACCAACAACAAUUAAUGGGCAUGACCAACCCGCAAUUAAUUGCCCAACAAACCAACAAACAAGGUAUCAUGUCUUUGUACAACCAACCAACAACGAUGUCACCACAGUCUCAAGGGGUACAGCAGCAGACACAGCUGUACUUUCCUCAACAAAAUGGUUUGAUGCAGCCAUCACAGACGGGAUUGAGUCAACCUGGAUUCGGCUUUGCGCAACAGCCUCAACAGCCUCCUCAACAGCAAUUCACUGGUUUUGGCCAACCUGGUCAACCUCAGUUCACCGGGUUUGGGCAACAACAACAGACUGGAUUUUACAACCAACAGGGCUAUCGCUGA